UAUAAUCCGCACUGUACCGUGGAAUACCUACUUGUACAAAAAGUGAUCAGUCAGCAGAUGAACUACGUAUAUAUAGGUAUCAAUAUUUCGAAGAAGCUUAGUGUUGGCAAAUGUGUUAACAGUUUGUGUACCUGUGUACAUUGAUCGUCUACUGCGGUGGUGUACUACACCUGUUGGAUAGUUCGCAAUAUGUACGGGGAGAUGUGGACUAUCGGGGACCCCGACCUACUUCUGACUGGUACAUUCACAUACCCAAAACGGAAUUAUAGAGUUCGUGUGUCACUCUCACCACGGAGGCUCUCCUAUAAAAACAUCAACGACGAAGUUAGUGGGAAAAGUACGAUCAAAAGUAUCGACAUUUCCGAUAUUACAGGUUGUCGAUGUCACAAAUCCAAGACAUCAGACGAUCCUUUUACAUAUUUUACUGUAUAUAGCUAUCCCACCCGCCAUAAAACGUGCAGACCCUCCAAACGGUGUCGUGUCCACAAGGAGGUAACGUUUUGUUGUAACGCGUCAACCUCUAUCGAGGGAAACUUCCAAACGUGUGUUAAAUGGAGAAACGUCAUCUGUAGAUUGGCGAGAGGCCAGUAUUUGGCCAUUGAAGAGGUGGAGACAUGUACAUUACCUGAGUCUAAACGCCUACUGAUCCUCAUCAAUCCACACAGUGGCCCUGGUAAAGCCCAGCAGAUCUUUGAAAAGGAAGUGGCCCCGAUGCUUAACGAGGCCAAUACAGAUUACGAAGUUAAGAUUACAGAGCAUGCAGGUCAUGCCACUGAAAUCAUGGUUAGCUUGGAUCUGUCCCAGUGGUAUGCUGUAAUCAUUGUAUCAGGGGAUGGACUUAUAUAUGAGGCCAUCAAUGGUCUGAUGAAGCGACCAGACUGGGAAAGAGCUAUCCAGUUCCCAGUGGGGUGUUUACCAGGAGGCUCGGGCAAUGCCUUGUGUUGGACCAUCAAUUACUUAGCUGGGGAGCCAGUAGGGGAAGAAAUGGUUCUCCACUCGACGUUCAUACUGCUGAAACACCGUGUGAUUCCCAUGGACUUAGUAGUGAUACAGCUUCCCACAAUGCAAGUCUUCUCCUUCCUGUCAGUUGCCUGGGGCAUGAUUGCUGACAUUGAUUAUGAGAGUGAAAAGCUUCGGGCGUUUGGAGCAGCUCGCUUCACCAUCUAUGCACUGAUCAGAAUUCUCAGACCUCGUAGCUACAAAGGAGAGUUGGCUUUUCUGCCAAAAGGACAUUAUACCCCCAAGACACAACAGACAAUUGCCAAGAAUACCAUACGUCGGUUGGCCAGUCGUGAGGCGGCAGGGUCAGUAUGUGAGAAUGGUGUAAUAGGGACCUAUCGCACUAUAUCACAGGACAGUGAGCGACUGCGAUCAGCAUCUGUGCCUGUGAUGCCAAUGUCCAGCAGCAAACACCAGUAUGCUCGGGACAAUUUGGGUAUGGUGUUUGAUGAGACUGUGAAGGAUGAGAAUCUUUCUGAUGUCAACGCACACUCCAGUGGCCACCUGGAUGAGAAUAAAGAGGUGAAUGGGAUUGGUGCGUCGAACAUGAGCUAUGAUACAGAAAUAGGUGGUGCCAAUGGACCUGUCAAUCACUUGAAAUCAAAUGACAGUCAGGAUUCCUCACAAGCUUCAGGCAGCUCCCCAUAUAGUCCCAAUGUGUCUUGUUCGCUCCUGCCUCCCUUGGACAAACCUGUCCCAUCUAACUGGGUAAAAGUGAGCGGAGAUUUUAUUACAGUUCUGGCUACCUACCAGCCCUAUCUGGGCCCUGACAACCUGUUUGCACCUGAUGCCAGACUAAAUGAUGGCUGCAUCCACCUACUGUUUAUUCGCUCAGGCAUCACAAAGAAGACUUUGUUGGACAUCUUUCUUUCAAUAGAUGAAGGCAACCACAUAAAUUCUCCGUUUGUUGAAUAUGUGAAGGUGUCUGCAUUUCGAUUGACACCAGACGAUUUGUCCGUUGGAAAUCUGAUGGUGGAUGGGGAACAUGUUGACAUGGCACCAGUUCAGGGGCAAAUAUUUCCCCAAAUGGGUCGCAUCAUGGGUAUUCAGUAAUGGCAGAUGUACAGAAAACAUAUUUGAUACUAGUACCAGGAUAUCAAAACACUUAUAGUUCUGAAAAGGAAUCCCCACAUAACACAACAUUUAUCAAAUGUUAUAAGAAUCAAGCUUUUGUGGAACCUGUAUUAGAAUCAAGCUUUUGUGGAACCUGUAUUAGAAUCAAGCUUUUGUGGAACCUGUAUUUGAGUGUGACAAUGGCUAUAGAGUAUAUGAAAAAUGGUUGUAUAUGUUUUUGACUAUUUUUAUAUAAAGAUUCUGCUUUAACUAGCAUUUGUCUAAAACCAUCUAAAACUUAAAUGCCGCAAAACAUGUGAUUGAUUCAAAGCAUCUUGAGUAUGAAUUUAUAAAGUGUAGUAGUUGGUAGAUGUUUUGUAUGUAAUGUGUGCAAUGUAGUUAUGAUUCAGAAACACGUCAGAUUAUCUCCCUUGGCAGCGUUUUGCAUUUUUGGUUGUGCUUUGCUUACAUUAAGCUUAAUUCAUAGUUUGCAUGAUUGUGUAUGAUCACAACAGAAAAGUGUUCCAUGAAUGAUUCUGGACUGUGUCAGUUUAUCUACACUUAAUUUACCAGGUACUUACAUAUAUCUGGUACCUGUAGCAGGAUUACUAACAUUUUCAUUCCAAGAAUAUCGAUGUUUGUGGAUGGGAAGAGUACACUGUACAUAUAUACAUUAGCAGAUAUAAUACAAAGAUCAUAUUUGUAUACUAUUAUACAUGUACACAGAUCACGUUUGUAUACUAUUAUACAAGUACAUGUAGUUUAGUUUACAGUUAUACCUGCAAGCUCCCUUGCUAUAAGUACUAGGCCUUCUUUAUUCAUCAUAUAGCUUACUUCUUGGUUAAUUCAACUGAUUAAAAUGCUGUUACUCAACUGUAGCAUCUAUCUGUCAACCUUUUACUUAAAAGACUUCUUCUUAAGAACCAAAUGGAAUGGGGUCAUAGAAUGCUCAUAUAUUUUCCUUGUACAGCUAUACUGGAGUCAAAUUUGUUAAAAUCUUAACUUCUGUUAACACACUUACAGGUCUGGAGUCAUCUUUGUCUUGUAGUGAAGUGGGGUGGAAGGCUAUCAGAUUUGUGAAAACAAAUGUCCUGCAGCUUGUCUGUCAUGGCAAAGGUCUAUGAGGUUCAAAUAAUAUAUAAUAAUCCACAGUACAAAUAACAGGGAUGAAAUGUGUUGCAAUCUUCAAACGUCUUCUAAUUAACCAUAGUGCAAGACAGAAGUUAUAUGUAAAUGUAUUAAUACAACUUCUCAAUUACUCUUAUGUCUUGAGUAAUGAUAUUUGUUGCAUAGUAUGCUGGGCUGAAAGGUUAUCAACAAUUUAAGGUUGUUCAAAUAAAUGACCUUGACCUACCUUUAAGGGUAAAUGAAAUGAGAAGAACAGUUAUCUUAUUGACUACGUGGGGUGAAGGACUAUCAAGUUUUGCUUUUUAAAUAAGUGGCACACAUUAAAUUCACACAUUGACCACAUCACUGUGGUCAAAUGUGUUAAAAUCUUAUAAAUAGACCAAUUCCUAACCAGGAGACAAGAAUUUGCAAUAAUUGUGUUUGUACAACAUGUUUGUAUUUUAACGUACAUGUAGAUAUUUUUUUUCAUUUUUAGCUCACCUGGUCCAAAGGA